CAGCCUGUGACAUCACUCCAGCUCUUAUAUACUGGGUGGAAUGGAGCCCAGCACUCCUCGGUUCAUUCCUGAAAAAGCCAACAGGACACACAGCACAGCAGGCUGGAUAAGAAACCAAGAGAAAAGUGUCUGUUGGAGUCAUCUUGCUUUCCUGAUCUUGCUUUCUCUCUGUCUUAUAAUACUUUGCCCACUUUCUCCUUUGUCCACUUCUUUUAGACUUGACCUAUCACCUUAUGGACUUGGGCCUAAAAUAAAGGUGCAACAUCUGAGGAAUUGUCAGCAAGAUGUCAGUGCAGUUGACCUUUGUGGCUUUUCUCUUUCUGACCAUUAAUGGACUCUGCUCAGAUGCUGAUCAGGCCAAAGAGGCGAUAGAUGAGGAAAUACUGAGCAGCCUCUUUACUUCAGAGGUACAACAAAGUAGACACAGCACCCCACUGUGGCAGGUCCCUUUAUUUAACAUGUGCCGGAUGCUGGCAAGGGUUAGUGAGCCCUUGCAGGAUGACUGGUACGGAAGUAAGGUCCAGUUAGCUUAUGACCAGAAAGUCUCCACUGCUGUGAGCCAAACAUCACAGGAACUCUAUGACCUCCUGACCCUCUGCAGAGUCCUGCAACCCAGGGAGGUUGACCAAGAAUUCCUUGAAGUGGACCAGAGUAGCGACAGGCCACUAAAGCGAAAAUCUCCAUAUAUUCUAAAGAGGCAACUAUACAACAAGAAAGCAAGACGGCCAUAUAUUCUGAAACGAAGUUUCUUUUACUGACCCCUAUGACCACCAGUAAAUAGACACUUUACAUUCUGUGAAUAUGUUGCUAUUUCCGACAGUAGUAAAAUCUAAGUGGUACUGGCUGUUAUAUGUGUACACUUUGGUUUGCUUGAGCUUAUUGUCAUGCAAAAGUCUUGUCCCAUGUUCUCUUUUACUAAGGGACUGGCUGUGUAAAUAAAGUCAGUAAGCAACUACUGUAUGUUUC